AUGACAGAAGCAAAGCAAGAUUGGAAAAUCGACUUUUAUAAAAACGGUGUUCCAAAGGAAGUGAUUGUGAUAGAAGAUACACCGCCACCAUCGUCCACAGGGAACAGCACAUCAAGCACGUCAAGCUAUCAUGUCCAGCAGCAAAGUAUACCUUACUUAAUUGGCCCUCCAGCGGCAUCUACACGUUCAAAACGCCCUAGAAAAGACACUGUCCAGAACAGCAAUGGUUUACCGCCUCCUCCACCUCCUCAGCAGCCGGUAAAAAGGAGACGCAAAGAUGUAAAUGCUCCAAUGCAACCAGUUUUAAGAAGGCCUAAUCCGAAUACAGUAUCAAAUGUAUCGACAUCCGCUGUGCCAUUAUCCACGUCGUGUGAUGAUAAAGAUGGGCAUUACAUUAUCAGGCCUAACGAGUCCCUCACACCGAGAUACAAAAUGAUGCGGUUGCUGGGACAAGGCACUUUUGGUAAAGUAGUCGAGUGUUAUGAUAGAGUCAAGAGAACAUUCUGCGCCAUCAAGAUUAUCAGAGCAAUACCGAAAUACAGAGAUGCAAGCAAAAUUGAGAUUAGAGUGCUAAACAGUCUAAAAGAGCACGAUCCCAUCAAUUUAAACAAAUGCAUACACUUAAUAGAAUGGUUUGAUUACCACAAUCACAUUUGCAUGGUGUUUGAAUUACUGGGCCCUUCCGUGUUUGACUUUCUGAAAUCAAAUGAAUUUCGACCGUUUCCAAUCCACCACAUCCAACAGUUUGCAAAGCAGAUUCUGACAAGCGUUGCCUUCGUACAUGAAUUGAAAUUGAUCCAUACAGACCUAAAACCUGAAAAUAUCUUACUAGUGGACAAUACCAGCGCAGAAGCAGGCAAUAUGUACGGUGUGGACCCCAACUCAAGAAUCCUGACCAAUACAGAUAUUCGUCUCAUUGAUUUCGGCUCUGCGACAUUCGAACAAGACUAUCAUUCGAGUGUGGUAUCAACGCGACAUUACAGAGCUCCAGAAAUAAUCUUGGGCAUAGGCUGGUCCUAUCCUUGUGAUAUUUGGUCCAUUGGUUGCAUCUUGGUAGAGUUUUUGACGGGUGAUGCGCUAUUCCAAACCCAUGAUAAUCUCGAACAUUUGGCAAUGAUGGUUGUGGUGCUGGGCAAAAUACCUGCAAAACUAAUCAAAGCGGCAAAUCGAGAUGCCCAAAAAUUCUUUAAAGAUGGGAAACUGAAAUACCCAGAUGUUGAUACCACCAAGCAGAGCAAAAAAUAUGUGCGAGCCCUAAAGUUGCUCAAGCACAUUGUCAAUCCACACAACAAUGCUCGCUUCCAAUUCCUUGACCUGUUGUCCAAAAUGCUCGUGUAUGAUCCUGCGGCACGAAUUACUGCAAGAGAAGCACUAAGGCAUCCCUUCUUUCUGAUCCCUUUUGAUGAACUUGGUCAAGAAAUUGAGGAAAACCGAUAA